AUGAAUACGUCAGAAGAACGGUUUGAAGAAAAGUUUCUUCAACUGCUGCUCGAAUCUGAUGAAGAAAGCGAAGGACAUGGUCAGGAUGAGUCCGCAGAAGAAUCGCAACGACAAGACGAGGAUCCUGACUUCGAAAGUGAAUCGGAAUCUGGUGAUGAACCUGAAAUGUCCUGGUCAACAACUACAUCAACUCAUGACCGAUGGAUUUCCACACGAGACAAAGGGACGCUUGAGAAGGCGGAGCACAUGGUAAUCGGAUGGAGCAACGUUCUCGGAGUACGACUGAUGAACAGUCUGGGACCAAGCGAGGCCUGUGCAUUCCUAACAGUUCGUCAUCGUGCAAAAGUAAUUUUGGAUCUUCUCAAUGACGAUGAUAAAUUACGCGCUCAGAGGAAAAAGAUGAAAUCUGAUAACAAAGAUCGCUACCAGGGCUACACGUCAAAUGAUAUGCGAAUGGGCUGUGUUGCGGCCAACAACUGUAGUUACAUAGACAACUAUGGCGAUGAAUGGAAAGGCGAUAUUAGUGGCAACUAUAUGAAUAAGUCAGCAUACGACAGUAGCAGAAGUGAUCCCUCGUCGAAGGAAGUGAAUUCUUUCCAAUUUUCCGAUGAAACAAGAAUAGGAUCGACUUCACCUGAGUUGGGAUUUCGACAGGAGCCUGCUCCUGAUGAGGACUUCGGUGAAUUUGUCUGGGCUCACCCUGAUGUACGACCAAUUGCUAUUACGCAAGCAAUAGUGUCAAUUUUGUCAGAAAUCGCAAGGACUGGUGCACCUGAUAUUCCUGCCCUCCCUCCACCUGUUCCUCUUUUUGCGUCGACUGGAACAAAAUCUUCUGCGUCUGUCAAUCUUAUUGGGCUAGAUACAGCUGAGGUACAGUUAUCUCCAAUAAGACCAGUACUUCAUUUAUCCGACGGUGGAAUGGAAUCUUCCGAGAAAUCCGCCCCUUCUAAUGCAUUUUUCGAGUCUUAUUCUUCGGCCCGAAUCAAGCCCGACGUGGCCUUCCGUGAGGAUUGGACAACGACUCGAACAUUGCUCGAAUCUUCUGGACCCAAAUCUUCAUUCGACUACACCAUAUCUGAUUCAUUUUCUGCUCCGACUCCUCUUCCAUUGAUGACGUCCACACCUCUCUUCUCUUCUGCCCAUGUGAGUUCUCUCUUUGGAGAUCAUGGAAUUAUUCUUCUGUACUUAAUGGUAAGUGCCAGAAAACUGUAG